UCUGGUUUACACAGAAACACCCUGUAGAUGUCAGGUCAUAUCCAGAGUCUGCAGGUCGUGUGCAGUACAAUAGGAACACAGAGAACCACCACACCAUGACAAUAACACACCUGACAGAGAAGGACUCGGCUGAAUACAAAUUCAGAAUAAUAACAACAGAUGAGGGAGAUUUUCUGGUCUUCCUGGUGUGAUGUUGACUGUCACAGAUAUCCUGUUGGAGAUGGAUCCUACGUCUGUGUCAGAGGGGGAGAGAGUCACACUGAGAUGUAGAACCAAAUGUACAGUCGGUCUCAACCCCACCUACAUCUGGUACAAGAACAGACAACGUCUGACCAACACAAUCACCAGUUAUAACAUGAUCUGCAGUCACUAUUACAUCAUCUCUGUAAUACAUGGUUCUACAUGUCAGUGUAAUAUACUAAUCUCUACUAAUUUACAUCAUCUCUUGGUGGCUUACAUGUUAUAUGACUUGUUAUUUGUUCUGUCAUCUUCAACACCAGAUGGUCCAAGGAACACCUCAGUGUCAGUCAGUCCCUCUGGUGAAAUAGUGGAGGGCAGUUCAGUGACUCUGACCUGCAGCAGUGAUGCCAACCCACCUGUGGACAAAUCACCUGAUAUAUAUUCUGACCUCAAAGGAAAGUAUUGUGACACAUUUCUCCAUCAGAUAAACCAAGAGAACAUCUCAGUGUCAGUCAGUCCCUCUGGUGAAAUAGUGGAGGGCAGUUCAGUGACUCUGACCUGCAGCAGUGAUGCCAACCCACCUGUGGACAAAUACACCUGGUACAAGAAGAACGUAACCUCACCAAAAGCAUCAGGACAGAGUUACAGCAUCACUAACAUCAUCUCUGAGGACAGAGGAGAAUAUUACUGUGAGGCCCAGAAUGGAAGAGGAUCUAUGAACUCUACAGCUCUGAUGAUCAUUGUAGCAGGUAAAGUUACAUCUUCAAUACUUCAAUACAAAUUGACAGGUUUCAAGCUGAUCUUAAUCAUUGUGUUUUGA